AGUUGAAGGAUAACUAAGGAACCUGCAGCUUCACAGAGGGUGUCACACCACUCUGCAGUAUUCACAUUAAAGGCUUUUGCAUUCCCAAGGGAAAUAAUAAUAAUAAGGGCAGCAGUAAUGCCAAAACGACCUAGAAACAUGCCAGGUGCCUUGGAUACCACUGAGGCUGAUUCAAACACGCCAAAAUCGAUCAUCAUCUACCGCGGUGAUGUCAGCCCUGAGGUGCGUGCCCUUAUGCAUGAGUGGCGAAACGUAUUUUUACCAUGGAGUAGUAAAAAGCUCCGUGGAAAAAACAAAACACUAAAGGAUUUCCUUGCAAUUGCCUCGACAUUUGGAGUCUCUCAUCUGCAGUUAUUUACAUCUCCAUCACAUGGUACCCUGCUACGUAUCAUGCGCUUUUUCAACGGUCCUACUCUUUCAUUUCGAGUGUUGAGUUUUGCUCUUCGUUCUGACAUUGUAAAGCAACAGCGUCGCGUGGUUUCACUGCAGCGUAGCGUUUGGGAGGUUCCUCCGAUUGUUGUCCUCAAUAAUUUUUCGCAUCCUGAAGCUUUGAAACGGCAGGAGGUUCCAUUGCUUGAGGCCACCUUCAAGGCCCUUUUUCCAACGGUAAACAUUCAGACGAUUCAGAAUUCUGAGAUUCAGCGUAUUUGUCUUUUUCAUUAUGACCAUGUGGAGCAUGUCAUCGAGGUGCGUCAUUACUAUGUGAACUCCAAAACAACGGGCGUGACACGAACAGUGAAGAAACUGCUGGAGAACCGGCGGCCGACGAAGUUGGGCACCCUAAGUAGCGUUGACGAGAUUUUGGAACGUGAGGACGCUUGGUCAGACACAGAUGGCGAAGGCGAAGAAGUUUCUUUGGCUCAACCUUUUCGUCAGCAUCGCGAACAGUGUCGUAUCAAGCUUCAGGAGAUAGGUCCACGAAUGACGCUGGUGGUGAUUAAGGUAGAAAAUGGAUUUGCCUCAGGGGAAGUCAUAUAUCAUCGUUUGGUGAAAAAGGCGCCUCAUGAGGUUCAAGAAAAUGCGCGAAAAGUUCACACUAGAAAAGCUGAAAAAUCUAAACGACGGGCUGAGCAGGACGCGAAUGUGGAACGAAAGAAGCAUCUGAAAGAAGGUAAGAUAGCACGCAAGAAAGAGCGUCGUGAACAGGCCUUAAGAGAUCAAGAGGAGAAUCCAUUUGAGGUUGCAGGAGGAGAGGAUGGUUAUACAGGUGAUACCGACUAG